CCGAGAGGUCGCUGGGGCUGGGGGCGGGCCACCUCGCGGGUAGUCCGCGUCCCCGCCCCGGGCCCGCCGGGCGCCGGGCCGGAUGGGCUGCACCGUGAGCCUGGUGUGCUGCGAGGCGCUCGAACCCGCGCCCCCCUGCGGCCCGCAGACCCCCGGGACUCCGCCGGGUCCUCAGCGGCCCGAGUGCUGUGAGCCCGGGGGUGCGGCGCGAGCCCAGAGGAGGCGGCUGCUGCUUCAGCCAGAAGACCUGGAGGCCCCCAAGGCCCAUCACUUCAAGGUGAAGGCCUUCAAGAAGGUGAAACCCUGUGCCAUCUGCCGGCAGGCCAUCACUCGGGAGGGCUGCGUUUGCAAAGUCUGCAGCUUCUCCUGUCAUCGGAAAUGCCAGGCCAAGGUGGCUGCUCCUUGUGUUCCUCCAUCCAGCCAUGAACUGGUGCCCAUCACCACGGAGACUGUCCCCAAGAAUGUAGUGGAUGUGGGGGAAGGAGACCGCAAGGGUGGAAGCUCUCCAAAAAGCCUCCAGGAAGGGGACUCCAUGAGAGUUUCCCCAAGCAUCCAGCCGCAGCCACAGCCACUCAGUCUCUCCAGAAACAUGAGUGUGAGCCGGGCCAUGGAGGACAGUUGUGAGCUGGACCUGGUGUAUGUCACCGAGCGCAUCAUCGCCGUGUCCUUCCCCAGCACAGCCAAUGAGGAGAACUUCCGUAGCAACCUCCGUGAAGUGGCCCAGAUGCUGAAGUCCAAACAUGGGGGCAACUACCUGCUGUUCAACCUAUCCGAGCAGAGGCCUGAUGUCACGAAGCUCCAUGCUAAGGUCCUGGAAUUUGGCUGGCCUGAUCUGCACACACCGGCCCUGGAGAAGAUCUGCAGCGUCUGCAAGGCCAUGGACACCUGGCUCAAUGCAGACCCCCAUAAUGUUGUUGUUCUCCACAACAAGGGAAACCGAGGCAGAAUCGGGGUUGUCAUCGCCGCAUAUAUGCACUACAGCAACAUUUCAGCCAGUGCUGACCAGGCUCUGGACCGGUUUGCAAUGAAAAGAUUCUACGAGGAUAAGAUUGUGCCCAUUGGCCAGCCGUCCCAGAGGAGGUACGUGCACUACUUCAGCGGCCUACUCUCUGGCUCCAUCAAAAUGAACAACAAGCCCUUGUUCCUGCACCAUGUGAUCAUGCACGGCAUCCCCAACUUUGAGUCUAAAGGAGGGUGCCGACCGUUUCUCCGCAUCUACCAAGCCAUGCAACCUGUGUACACAUCUGGCAUUUACAACAUCCCCGGAGACAGCCAGGCCAGCAUCUGUAUCACCAUUGAACCAGGGCUGCUCCUGAAGGGAGACAUCUUGCUGAAGUGUUAUCACAAGAAGUUUCGGAGCCCGGCUCGAGACGUCAUCUUCCGAGUGCAGUUCCACACCUGUGCCAUCCAUGACUUGGGGGUUGUUUUUGGGAAGGAAGACCUGGAUGAGGCCUUCAAAGAUGAUCGAUUUCCUGAUUAUGGCAAAGUGGAGUUUGUCUUUUCCUAUGGGCCAGAAAAAAUUCAAGGCAUGGAACACCUGGAGAAUGGGCCCAGUGUCUCUGUAGACUAUAACACCUCUGACCCCCUCAUCCGCUGGGACUCCUACGACAACUUCAGUGGACAUCGUGAGGAUGGCAUGGAGGAAGUGGUGGGUCACACUCAAGGGCCUCUGGAUGGGAGCCUGUAUGCCAAAGUAAAGAAGAAGGAUUCCUUGAAUGGCAGUUCGGUGCCUGUCACUACUGCACGGCCUGCCCUGUCAGCCACUCCCAACCAUGUGGAACACACUUUGUCUGUGAGCAGCGACUCUGGCAAUUCCACAGCCUCCACCAAGACAGACAAGACCGAUGAGCCUGUUUCUGGGGCUGCCACUGCCCCCGCUACCCUGAGUCCUCAGGAGAAGAAGGAGCUUGAUCGUCUGCUAAGUGGCUUUGGUGUAGAUAGAGAGAAGCAAGGCGCCAUGUACCGGGCUCAGCAACUCAGGUCCCACCCAGUUGGGGGCCCAACUGUGUCCUCCCCUGGCCGCCACAUCGUCCCAGCCCAGGUUCACGUCAACGGUGGGGCUCUGGUAUCUGAGCGGGAGACGGACAUUCUGGAUGAUGAGCUGCCCAUCCAGGAUGGGCAGAGUGGGGGCAGCAUGGGCACGCUGUCCUCCCUGGAUGGGGUCACCAACAUCAGCGAAGGUGGAUACCCAGAGACCCUGUCCCCACUGACCAAUGGUCUGGACAAGUCCUAUUCCACAGAACCAGUUCUCAAUGGUGGAGGCUACCCCUAUGAGUCUGCCAACCGGAUGGUGCCUGUCCACAGCAGUCACUCAGCCCCCAUUCGACCCUCCUACUCUGCUCAGGAGGGUUUAGCUGGCUACCAGCGUGAGGGACCCCAUCCGGCCUGGUCACAACAAGUGGCUAGCACCCACUGUGGCUAUGACCCCAGUGGUCUGUUCCGAUCCCAGUCCUUUCCAGAUGUAGAGCCCCAGCUGCCCCAAGCUCCAGCUCGUGGGGGCAGCAGCCGAGAGGCUGUGCAGAGGGGGCUGAAUUCCUGGCAGCAGCAGCAGCAUCUUCACCCACCACCCCGCCAGCAGGAGAGAGCCCCACUGCAGAGUCCUACCAGCAGCAAGCCUAGCCCCCAGCUGUCAGCAGAAACCCCCAUACCUGCUCUCCCAGAGUUCCCAAGGGCAGCCUCUCAGCAGGAGAUCGAGCAGUCCAUUGAAGCCCUCAAUAUGUUGAUGCUGGAUCUGGAGCCAGCUUCAGCGGCUGCCCCUCUUCAUAAGUCCCAGAGUGUCCCUGGGGCCUGGCCAGGGGCUUCCCCACUUGCUUCUCAGCCCCUCUUGGGCUCUUCCCGCCAGUCCCACCCACUGACCCAGUCCCGAUCUGGCUAUAUCCCUAGUGGGCAUUCUCUGGGAACCCCGGAGCUGGUCUCUUCUGGCAGGUCUUAUUCACCUUAUGAUUAUCAGCUGUGUCCAGUUGGAUCCAACCAGAGUUUCCAUCCAAAGAGUCCAGCCUCUUCCACCUUCCUUCCAAGCCCCCAUAGCUCUGCGGGGCCUCAGGAACCUCCAGCCUCUCUCCCUGGUCUCAUCACUCAGCCUCAGCUCCCACCAAAGGAAACUACUUCAGAUCCCUCCCGAACUCCAGAGGAAGAGCCACUGAACCUGGAAGGGCUGGUUGCCCACCGAGUAGCAGGGGUUCAGGCUCGGGAGAGGCAGCCUGCAGAGCCCCCAGCCCCUCUUCGGAGGCGGGCAGCAAGUGAUGGACAGUAUGAGAACCAGUCUCCAGAGGCUACAUCCCCCCGUAGUCCUGGGGUCCGCUCCCCCGUCCAGUGCGUCUCCCCUGAGCUGGCUCUUACCAUUGCCCUCAAUCCUGGAGGGCGGCCCAAAGAGCCCCAUCUGCAUAGCUACAAGGAAGCCUUUGAGGAGAUGGAGGGGACCUCCCCAAGCAGCCCGCCACCCAGUGGGGUGCGUUCUCCUCCAGGUCUGGCCAAGACACCCCUAUCUGCUCUGGGGCUGAAACCCCACAACCCGGCGGACAUCCUGCUGCACCCCACAGGUGAGGAAGAUGAGGGGGAGCCGGUGACUAAGCCUCCGGAAGAGCCCCGGAGCUAUGUGGAGUCUGUGGCGAGGACAGCAGUGUCAGGGCCUCGCACUCAGGAUGUCGAGCCCAAGAGCCUCAGUGCCCCAGCUGCCCAUGCCUAUGGACACGAGACACCCCUGAGGAACGGGACCCCGGGUGGCUCCUUUGUCUCCCCCAGCCCCCUUUCUACGAGCAGUCCCAUUCUCAGCGCUGACAGCACUUCCGUGGGCAGUUUCCCAUCAGGGGGGAGCAGUGACCAGGGCCCCCGGACACCCAUCCAGCCCAUGCUGGACUCCAGCAUCCACUCAGGCAGCCUGGGGCAGCCGAGUCCUGCAGCAUUGAGUUACCGGAGCUCCUCACCGGUUGCGGCUGGUGGCAGCAGCUACAGCAGCCCUGACUACUCUCUGCAGCCAUUCAGCUCUUCUCCAGAAGGCCAAGCCCAGCCACAGUUCAGUGCAGCCACCGUCCACAUGGUGCCUGGGAGCCCUCAGGCACGACACAGGACAGUGGGCACCAACACUCCACCUAGUCCUGGCUUUGGCCGGCGGGCUAUCAACCCCGCCAUGGCUGCCCCUGGUAGCCCCAGUCUGAGCCACAGGCAGGUGAUGGGUCCAUCGGGCCCGGGUUUCCAUGGUAACGUGGUUUCUGGCCACCCAAGCAGUGCAGCCACCACACCUGGAAGUCCCAACUUGGGCCGGCACCCCGUGGGAAGCCACCAGGUUCCAGGCCUCCACAGCAGUGUGGCCGCAACUCCAGGAAGCCCAAGCCUGGGACGACACCCUGGGGCCCACCAAGGGAAUCUGGCCUCCAGUCUCCAUGGCAAUGCAGUCAUUAGCCCUGGGAGCCCCAGCUUGGGCCGGCACCUGGGUGGAUCUGGAUCUGUGGUUCCUGGAAGCCCCAGCUUGGACCGGCAUGCGGCUUAUGGUGGCUACUCUACCCCCGAGGACCGACGGCCAACGCUGUCCCGGCAAAGCAGUGCCUCUGGGUACCAGGCUCCUUCUACACCUUCAUUCCCUGUCUCCCCUGCCUACUACCCUGGCCUGAGCAGCCCUGCCACCUCACCCUCGCCAGACUCAGCGGCCUUCCGGCAAGGGAGCCCCACACCAGCCUUGCCAGAGAAGCGGAGAAUGUCCAUGGGAGACCGGGCAGGCAGCCUCCCCAACUAUGCCACCAUCAAUGGGAAAGUGUCCUCCUCUCCCAUUGCCAAUGGAAUGUCCAGUCCCAGUGGGAGCAGCACAGUCUCCUUCUCCCACACGCUUCCAGACUUUUCUAAGUACUCGAUGCCAGACAACAGUCCCGAGACACGGGCUAAAGUGAAGUUUGUCCAGGACACUUCCAAGUAUUGGUACAAGCCUGAGAUCUCCAGAGAGCAGGCCAUUGCACUUCUGAAGGAUCAGGAGCCAGGGGCCUUCAUCAUCCGUGACAGCCACUCCUUCCGAGGGGCCUAUGGGCUGGCCAUGAAGGUGUCCUCGCCUCCUCCAACCAUCACUCAGCAGGGCAAGAAAGGAGACAUGACCCAUGAGCUGGUGAGGCACUUCCUAAUAGAGACAGGCCCCAGAGGGGUCAAGCUCAAGGGCUGUCCCAAUGAGCCAAACUUUGGUUCCCUGUCCGCCCUGGUCUAUCAGCACUCCGUCAUCCCACUGGCCCUGCCCUGCAAACUGGUCAUCCCAAGCCGAGACCCCACAGAUGAAUCAAAAGAUAGCUCAGGCCCUGCCAACUCAACCACCGACCUGCUGAAGCAAGGAGCAGCUUGCAAUGUGCUCUUCGUCAAUUCUGUGGAUAUGGAGUCACUCACCGGGCCACAGGCCAUUUCCAAAGCCACAUCUGAGACUUUGGCUGCUGACCCCACACCGGCUGCCACCAUUGUUCACUUCAAGGUCUCUGCCCAAGGAAUCACACUGACCGACAAUCAGAGAAAGCUCUUCUUUAGACGACACUACCCCCUCAAUACCGUCACCUUCUGUGACCUGGAUCCACAAGAAAGAAAGUGGAUGAAGACAGAGGGCGGCGCCCCUGCUAAGCUCUUCGGCUUCGUGGCCCGGAAGCCAGGCAGUACCACGGACAACGCUUGCCACCUCUUUGCGGAGCUUGACCCCAACCAGCCUGCUUCUGCCAUUGUCAACUUUGUCUCCAAGGUCAUGCUGAGUGCUGGCCAGAAGAGAUGAAAUCCUGGCGUCCUUGCCCAAAGCCAGGGCACUGGGGAGGGGGCGCAUGGGGGAGGGGAUCUGUGAAUCCUGACCACCUUGAAUCGGGGAAGAGGACUUUGGGUUGACUCUGGAGAAGGAGAGGAGAAAGUGGAAUGCUGGCAGAGGAAGUGAAUUGUGGGGGAGGGGAGGGGGAGGGAGAGAAAGAAAGGGCGGAAGAGAGGAACUCGGAAUUCCCUGUACUGAUGGAAGCCACACCUCCCAAGGCCUCUCCAGCUAGCUGGGGGUCCUGGCUCCCCUCCCGCUCUGAGAGAAGUGAGCUCCCCUAGGGAACACACAGGCCUCUUUGGGGGACCAGAUUUCAUGGAGCAAUGAAAAAGUUUGUUCUUCCUAUCCCUCCUGCCUUGAGAGAAGAAACCGAGCUGAGACUCCUUCUCUGGAGGUAAGGUUGCUAAACCCAGUGGCCAGCAUAUGACAUCAGGAGGUGACACUUUCUUAACAUUUUGCUCACCUGAGGCACCCGUGGUCUGUGCUUGCUCUGAUCCCUUGUUGCAGGAUGUAAAUGUGCCCCCCCCACACUCAUCGAUACCUGCCUCUCUCCACCCUAACUACAAACAGCUCUGCUUGUCUGUGUCCCUUGUGAUACACAUAUACACAUUGACCAAAGAAGCCUAGGGAUAUGGGGUGGCAGGGUACCAGGUCAGGGACAAGCUAUCUCCUGUAGGAACAUAGCAUUAUGGGUAGCAGAAUUCUCUCUCUGUUCCUACAACUGCCUUCUAGUGGCCCUGGGGGCCUCCAGCCUGUCCCCUUGGUACAGAGGGCAUAGCCAGCCUGCAGCAUCAGCUUUGUUCUGUCUCCUUGAGACUGAAGCUGGGCUGGAGAAAGAGGCGAUGCCCACUGUCUUAGGAAAGAUACCUGUUAGGAAGGGUGGCAUCUUUUCUGUGGCUUGCGGUGAGUUGGGCAUGCGCACAGACAGCAUCCAGGACUCUGCCUUAUUUUCUUCUCUCAGCCUAAUUCCUGGGCCAUGAGUGUCAGCUCUAGCUUUGUGCAUGCUUGAGGCCUGCUGGGGGAAGGGAGCUGUGCCUUUCUGACCUACCCCGUCCUAUAUGGUCCUUAUGUUGGCUUGUCCCAGGAGCCUGCUUCCCAAAGUCCUGUCCAGGGUACCCGGGGAUGCCUGGAGCCUCUUUUUCUCCCUCUGUGUUUGGGGGUCUGACUGUUGCAGACACCUUUCUAGCUGAGCUGCCCAGGGUGACUGACAUCAGAGCACCUCUGGGGAUGCUGCUGGAGCACCACAUGGUCCUCCUAUAAUGCCAAAGCUUCCCUGUGCUCCUCUGCCUCAGUUUCCCCAGCAGAACCUUGCUGCCUGUGGGACAGAGGACAGAAGGUAUGAAUUUAGGCCAAAGGUCCUGUAUCCAUUUGUGGGGUUGGGAAGGCCCCUGUCACCACUCAGACCUCCAUUUAAACCCAUGGGGGUCCCUAGGGGUGGCAUUGUACUGAUAUAUAAAUAUAUAUAAUAUAUACAUGAGACAUACUGAUAGAAUCUGUAAGCUAAUAAAAAUAUAAGAAAAGGUUAAAAAAAGAAUAGGUAAAUUGACAAGAAAUAUUUAUUGUUUUCCCAUAUUGCUUUAUUGCCCCUGGCCACAAACUCUCUCCAUUUCUUUUCUGAUGUGUAAGUAAAGUCUGAACUGCAAGGGAUCUUUAUAUUCCAAACAGCCCAGAGCUGGCCUUGGCCUUGACCCUGGUCUUGGCCCUCCCUAGGCUACAUCUGGGACUUGGGGGAUGACAUGCUCCAGCUCUUUAGCCCCUUAUUUUCUGGCAAGCAGUAGCCCGGCUGCCAGCAUCCUGGAUGUGUGGACAGCUGCUCCCAUCACCACAGGUCUGAGCCAGGGUGUGUUUGGGGAUGCAGGUGUGUAUGGCUGUGGUGUGUGCAUCUCUUGGAUUUUUUUUUCCUCCUCCCGGGAGCUUUUGACUGUGUGGACGUUGUUUUGAGGAAUUGGAAAGAAGAAUGUCUAGGUUAGGUGGAGAUCAUGGGUAGAGACCUCUUUGGGCCCCUGCUUCCCAAAGAAUAAAUGGGCUUAGCAGUCAAGGUCCUUCUAAAGUGUCCUUGCCUCUGAGAUAUUCAAGGCAGAUGUCUCGAUCACCCCUUUCCUCAUUCCCCAAAUGAGCCCCACUCCCUUCGCGAGCUACAAGAAGAAAUUUCUCAUCCCUUUCUUUGUAAAUACCCUCAUCCUGCUGCACAGCCUGCGGAGUCUUCUCCUGGCUGGGAUGUUCACUUGAGCCGUUGAGGAGCACCAGAGCCUCUGCACCCUGCCUUGGGCCAGACCCGAGUCUGGGGUCAACCUUUGUAUAUGGUUUCCCCUUCCCAUGCUGCACUCAGGCCCAAGCGGUGUGUGAGUCAUGGGAAGGACCGAGGUGGAUGCUGGGAAGUGGGUGCCUCCCUCCCAGCAUGCCUCUAGAAGGAAUGGACACCUGAGUUUGGCUUUUCUGGAAGAAUGUUGGAGAAAGGGGCCUCAGUUCGUACACUGGGAACCACACUGUAGUCUGCCCCUGUCUGCACUGUGAUUCUCACAGGUGGGCCUCUGCACAUUCAUGCACGCACACACGCACGAGCAAACACACAUAACACACACACACACACGCACACACACACACACACACACAGACCACAUGUACUCCCACCUCUCUGUAUGCAACCUAGUCUUGCCAAAGAUUUCUUUUAAACAAGGGCACUUUUUUACCCAUUGUUUUUGGUUUUUUUUGUGAGUGAUCUGUUUUGCUGUUCUAUAUUGUUGAGCCUGUAUGUCAGCAGGGAGAGUGCUGUCCGCUCUCAAAUGUGAGUGAAGGAGGAGGGGUCAGGAAGGCAAGAGAACCUGGCAGCCUGUCUUGCUAUCCACCAUGAGACCCCUCAGCUACAGCCACAGCCCGGGUCCAUACUGCCUCUGGCAACUCUGGAGAUUGCUGAGGUUGGCCUGGGGCCUCACCACCACCCCCCCCCAUCUGGGGGUGAGAUGGCAGAGAGGGACACUAGUGAGCCAGGUGUGGGGGAAGGGAAAGCCCCCAUAGUUCCCGGGGAUAAGAGUGAAGAGCUGGGCUAGAAUACAAUGGAUAGGUGGCCCCAAAGGGAAGCCUGGGAACAAUAAACAAUUGGAUAUUGAAGUCACUGUUUUGCCACUGGGGACCCCUGACACCCUUGUCCAGCUAUAUCUGAGGAACGAAUUCACGUCUUAGGUUUGGAAAGGCCAUUUGAGUCCUCUCCUCUGGCCUAUCCCCAGUGGCUUAGAUGGCUUUGGACAUGAUUGCCAGAAUUUCUGGUACACGCUGGCUUUGGAGAGUCCCUAGAGAGAUCUAUCGGGGGUGGGGGGGGUGUAGGGAGGUCACUGUGACUGUGUGUCACAUGUCCCUCUAGAAAGGGGCUUUCAGGAGAGAGAAAGACCUUGUCCUAGGCUUGAAUAGAGAUGAAACAGACUCCCUCUGCCAUCUGGGAACUGCAGGAGGGACAUGAGAAUGAACAGCAUCCAUCCUGCUCUGGGUUUCCUUCUCCACCCUACCUAAGAUUUCUGAUCCCCCUUUCCCAGCUUCAGACCUUGGGGAGAUCCAUCCAAGGGAACCAGCCCUCUCCUGCCUCCAUGCCUUGGGUCCUUGAAGAGCUGGGACCCAAAGCUAGGGCCACCCCUGCACUUAGGCCUUGGCGGAAGAUCUAGAGACUGGUGUUUCCAUGGUCGGUGGUGACAGGAUGUGUGUGCGUGGGUGUGUGUGUAAGUGUGGGUGUGUGUGCAUGGUUUGCUCUCUUUAGGGAAUUUUGAGGUGGGAGAUGGAGGUGGUGGAUGGAGGGAUGUCAAGUUCAUUGUGACCCAGCAGUGAGAAGAAGCAGGAGGUGAGGCCCGAUGGACCACAGAUUGGUUUGGUAGUAUUUUAGGACUGGUCGUGGAGGGGACAGCCAUGUGGGGUAAGGCUCAGCAGGCCCCUUCCUUGUUGUCUCCUGUCUCCUCAAACGGCUGACAAGUUGGAGGGUCUCAGUUGGUUCCCAUGCCUGGGCCCCGCACAACAGCAAGGCCAUCGAAAUGCGACACACCCACGUGUCUUCUCAUCAGUGUUCACAACCCAGCCCUCCCUGUGGACCCACAUCUGGCUCGUUUGUGUGUGAGUGUGUUGGGGUGUGCAUGUGGCAUCUCCUCACAUUCUUUCUUCUUUUCUUUCAUUCAAAACAAAUGUAAGAAGUCCCUUAUAUCCUGGUUAUCCCAAACCUGCCUCUCAGGCCCUCUGCUGGGAAACCCACGCCCAGAGUCCACCCCCCCCCCCAGCCCUCUGCUGUGUAUUUAUAGAUGGAAAUAUACUUUAUAUUUUGUAUCAUUGUGCCUAUAGCUUCUGCCACCUUGUAUAAACCCUGUUGUAUGCUAAGUGUUCUGGAUACGAAUGUAUGUACACAUAUGCUGUCCCCCUCUGUACAGCUGCCUGUCUCUUACAAUCCAUUGUAUGGCUUUAUAAAUGGUAAUGUUAAACACAAA